UGAAUGGGCGGGGAGAGUUUCGCGGCAGCUUAAGAUUCCCAGUCACGCUGCCAUAGGAACGCAUUGUGGCGUUGCACACGCUAGCAGGACAAGCGAUCUGGAGAUCCCCCUGUUUUGAGGGCGUCUCGAGUUUUCUCUUCGGGGCUUUAUCCCUCUGCGGUGCCAGGGUUAACUCUGUACAGCGCUGUCCUCCUCUGCUUCAACUCACAGCCGCUCAUCAUCCAGAAUACACUUCGCUGCAUCUCAGGGCGACCAGCGGUGUGUUUAUGUCUUUAUUUUACGCAAACGGCGAGUACCUGGACGUCAGGAGCUGCGGAUGGGAAAGAGCUGUUGGACAGCUUUUGAAACCUGUGUGUGGGGAACUUAGCCUACGAGCUUGCAGUUUAGAGCCUGAGUGGCCAUACCCUUUUCAUGUCAGGGACACAGUCCUCUUGCAGUCGUUUAUGUCAUCCCCUCCUUUCGAGACAGAAGAUACCAAAAAUUGCCAGUUCAAGAUCUUUUCAUCUUGCUGAUAAAGCCUACAGCAAGCUAAAAUGUCUGUCAACGUCAACCGCAGCGUUUCAGACCAGUUCUACCGCUAUAAGAUGCCCCGUCUGAUCGCUAAGGUGGAAGGCAAAGGAAAUGGAAUCAAGACUGUCAUAGUCAACAUGGUUGAUGUUGCCAAGGCACUGAAUAGGCCUCCAACUUAUCCCACCAAGUUCUUUGGCUGUGAGUUGGGAGCCCAGACUCAGUUUGAUGCCAAGAAUGACCGCUACAUUGUCAAUGGAUCUCACGAGGCAAACAAACUGCAAGACAUGCUGGAUGGAUUCAUUCGCAAGUUUGUGCUGUGUCCUGAGUGUGACAAUCCAGAAACCGAUUUGCACAUCAAUCCCAAAAAGCAGACCAUAGGAAACUCCUGCAAGGCCUGUGGGUACCGAGGCAUGCUGGACACCAGACACAAAUUGUGCACCUUCAUUCUCAAAAAUCCACCUGAGAAUGACAGUGGAUCUGUCAAGAAGGAGAAAGAGAAAAAGAAUCGCAAGAAAGACAAAGAGAAUGGCUCAAGUGGUGGGGAGGCUGGAAAUAAUGACAUAGAUGCCCCUGAUGCUGUGGAUGGGGAUGAUGAUGAUGAAGACUGGGCAGAAGAGACCACAGAGGAGGCCCAGCGACGCCGCAUGGAGGAGAUCAGUGAGCAUGCUAAGGGCCUUACACUGAGUGAUGAUCUGGAGAAGACUCUGGAGGAGAGGGUCAACAUAUUCUACAACUUUGUGAAGCAAAAGAAGGAGGAGGGAGUGAUUGAUUCGGCUGAUAAGGAAAUCUUGGCUGAAGCAGAGCGGCUUGAGGUGAGGGCCAUGGGCCCACUGAUCCUGAGCGAGCUGCUGUUUGACGAGAACAUCCGUGAGCAGAUCAAGAAGUACAAACGACAUUUCCUCAGAUUCUGCCACAAUGAUAAAAAGGCUCAGAAGUACCUCUUGGGUGGUUUUGAAUGCCUGGUGAAACUGCAUCAGAGUCAGCUGCUGCCCCGCGUGUCCAUCGUUCUCAAAGACCUAUAUGAUGCAGACCUGCUGGAGGAGGAUGUCAUACUUGCAUGGGCUGAGAAGGUUUCUAAGAAGUAUGUCUCUAAAGAACUUGCUAAGGAGAUCCAUGCUAAGGCAGAGCCUUUUGUGAAAUGGCUGAAGGAGGCUGAGGAGGAGAGUGAGGGCAGUGAGGAAGAGGACGAGGAAGAUGAGGACAAUGUGGAGGUGGUGUAUUCAUCUUCUGCACGUGAGCUGAAGAUGGAAACAACAAAGCCAGAGAAGUCUGAAAAAGAAGAGGAGGACAUUGAUAUCGAUGCCAUUUAAAACCUUAAAUUUGCCUCUUGACAUUUUGCAAAGCUGCAGGUGGUCUGACGCAUGCCUUCAGAACAUUUUUGCUCUUCUCAGCUGUAGGCCUGAGUUAGUACAUUGCUAGAAAGCCUUUAGUCACUUCACAAGCCCUCUUGAUGAAUUGUUGCCAUUCUGUUUGUAUGCAUGAAUUCUUUUAGGUUGUAGGGCAGAAAAUACACUUAAUUUUUUUUUCUUUUUCCCCUUCCUUGUAUUUUUGCGACUAUUAAAGAAUGUUUGCCAGUGAAA